CUAUUCCUGAUGCACUACCUGCCCGGUGGUGUGUGUUAAAGCUAAAAUACGCACGCAUUCGGAAAUGCGCUUAAGGCAGCAAGCGGACUGACGCGCUGAUCUGGAGAGGAGCCAAAGCACACGCCGCAUCGAUCCGCUUUCUGUGACGCCCGCUGUUCAUAACCGGCUCGUGAGUCUACACAGAAGCUCUCUAAAGACCGAAAGAAAGAAAACAAGGUGUGUUUCUCUCUCUUUUUGUUGUGCACAAUGACAACGGCGUACGCUUUAACCGAUUUUGCGCAAUUGCGCCGCUUCUUCACCACGCCGUGUUUCUGACUGCUCCGGUUUCUCCGCCACACCUACCGUUCUGUCUCUUUUCCGAUCUGUCCGUACAGCACGUGCAGCGCGGGGACACAAGAGCAACGAGCGUCUCGCGCUCACAUACUGUGCACAAAGCGGGGAAAAAGGAACGGCUUCUGUGGUGUGGUGUGCAGGACAAGAAAGAGAAGGAUGCCGCCGCAUCCGUCUGUGUGAUCUGAACACGACGCAGGUGUCAAAAGGGAGAAAAUCGGACUACUCGCUUUGAAUCCCUUCACACAGGAGUCGCACAACGUUGUUCGCGCGCGCUAGAGCUCCGGGGUUUUAUCCCCGCCGCAUCCUGUAGCAGAAGAUCUAAUCGGCGACGUAGAAGUUAGCAGUUCUGGCAACCGCUAUCAUGACUACCCACACCUUCCUCCUGAUUCUCCUGGCUGUUCUCAGAUUGGCUGCCUGCUCGUUUCCAGAGGAACCAGGUCCUUUAAUCUCCACCCCUGCUGAGGUUGCCAGGCGUUACCCUGUGUUUAUGGGCAGAGCACAUCGCUCUUACAUGCGGCAGGAGCCGCUGUACAUUCAGACAGUGCUAAAGGUCAACCGCACGCUCUACAUUGGUGCCAGAGAUGACCUUUACCGUGUGGAACUGGACCAUGUAACAGGGGAUGAGAUGUUCUACAGCAAAAAACGAACGUGGGAAUCGAAUAAGAAUGACAUCCGAAUCUGCAGGAUGAAGGGCAAACAUGAGGAGGAGUGCCGUAACUAUAUGAAGGUCUUGCUGAAUCAACAUGGCGGGCUUUUUGUGUGUGGGACCAACGCCUUCAACCCGCUGUGCGCCAAUUACACCAGAGACACUCUGGAAAUGGUUGGAGAGACCAUCGGUGGAAUGGCCAGGUGUCCGUACGAUCCUAAACAUGCCAACGUGGCCCUGUUUGCAGAAGGUAACCUCUUCACGGGUACCGUGACGGAUUUCCUCGCUAUCGACGCUGUCAUCUAUCGGAGUUUGGGAGAUAGCCCUGCUCUCCGCACCAUCAAACACGACUCCAAGUGGUUUCGAGAGCCCUACUUUGUUAGUGCAGUAGAGUGGGGUCCUCACAUAUACUUCUUCUUCAGAGAGAUGGCGAUGGAGUUUAAUUAUUUAGAGAAGGUGAUGGUGUCCCGUGUGGCUCGUGUGUGUAAAGGUGAUCUUGGGGGCUCUCAGCGUGUGUUAGAGAAGCAGUGGACAUCGUUUCUAAAGGCGAGACUGAACUGCUCUAUUCCAGGAGACUCUCACUUCUACUUUAACCUGCUGCAGUCCACCAGUCCAGUCAUACGCAUGCACGGCAGAGACAUAAUCCUAGGAGUUUUCUCCACUCCUCCCAACAGCAUCCCUGGCUCAGCGGUGUGCGCGUUCGACAUGCAGCAGCUGGCACGUGUGUUUGAAGGGAGGUUCAAGGAACAGAAGACUCCAGAAUCAAUCUGGACUCCUGUUCCGGAGGAGCUGGUGCCCAAGCCCAGGCCUGGGGGUUGUGCUGGUCAGGGCUCCAGGUUCAGCUCCUCUACCGCUUUCCCUGAUGAAGUUUUAAACUUCAUUAAGACCCAUCCACUUAUGGAUGAAGCCGUCCCUCUGCUGGGACACAGACCCUGGAUAGUUAAAACUAUGGUCAGGUACCAGCUGAACACCAUGGUGGUGGACACAGAGGCAGGACCACAUAGGAACCGCACUGUAGUGUUCCUCGGGUCCACCAGGGGCACUGUUCUGAAAUUUCUCAUUACACCUGGUAGAGACAACCCUUAUUCCAGCACCAAUAUCUUUCUGGAGGAAUUAGAGGGAUAUAAUCCUGAGAGGUGCGGCGAUGAUUCUGUCCAGGCACGCCAGCCGUUGUCUCUCACUCUGGACAGACAGAGUCAUUCUCUUUUGUUAGCUUUCCACUCAUGUGUGGUAAGGCUGCCUGUAGCUCGCUGCCAACUGCAUUCCCGCUGUAUGAAAAACUGUAUCUCAUCUAGAGAUCCUUACUGUGGCUGGACCAGAGGAAGCACUUGUUCUCUCCUCAGACCUGGUACCAGACUCCCAUUUGUGCAGGAUGUUGAGUAUGGGAACACCACACAUCUUGGAGACUGUGAGGGUCUGCUGCAUGAGAGUUUCACAGAUGAGCCUGAGAGCCUGGUGACUCUGAACCUGCUGGUAGUGGCAGCUGUUUCAGCGUUCUCCACUGGGGCGGCACUCUCAGGCUUGGCAGUGUGUUGGAUUAUGAGCCAGAAGCACCGUCAUUGCUCUAGAAGCGAAUCCUCGUCAUCGGGCACCCAGCGGAAAAGCGAAAAAGAGCGCAGCAUGCUGGGGCCAAGCACCAGUGGCUCUGUGCUGAGCGUGACAGAUCGACCUCGUCCUCAAGGGGAAACACUCUUUGUUAUGCCCAACGGCUGGACGAAGGCAGGGGAUCUGGACCCGGGAUUGCUGCCUACACCUGAGCAGACUCCACUGCAGCAGAAACGCCCAGCACCAUCUCUCCGCCUCUCUGACUCAGGCUCCGGCUGGGACCAGAGCCAGACCUUCCUGAAUUCGGUAGCUACCCAGUGUCCUCCGCCACCACCCUCAGCCAUCUUCCUCAGCUCUAAGCUUCUAAGCGACAGGCGGCACGAUGAUGUCAUCGAGCGCCAGCGCUAUGUUUCUCUCUCCAAGUACCGUGAGCAUGGAACACGCCCGGGUACACUGCUGCGCAAAUCAGCGGGCGACUACAACUAUCCAAUGACGCCUCAAGACUCCCCGGAUAGGAGGCGCGUGGUGUCUGCGCCCAGCACGCAGAUGGAGUACACCGGCGAGGCUUUGCGCUGGACCCAUGAGAAUUACGUCUUCCAUGCCGUCCCGGCCCCAGGACACCGCUACGCUGCAGGCACAGGCCAUCCGCCUAGCCUUGCACGCACUGUCCUGCACGGCUCUCGUGGCCUCAUGGACCUGGCGGAUUUCAGCCACCUGCUGGGCAAGGGAGGCAACGAGCGUGCUCCUUCAGGCCAGUGA